UGGUAGUUUUUUUUUUGACAAAAUGUUGUUAUUGUGGAUUUUUUUUUCUUCCCCUCUCCCGAUUAGCGAUAGAACACUGAAGAUUUGACUGAACACAUUAUUAAAACAUCAUAGACAAGUCGCAGGAUUUUCCAAAGGCAGUAAAAAAUUGUUUUUCCAGAUCAGAAACUGAUAAAUAACAGUGCACUUGCAUUAGACCUACAGAGGCAAGGGAAGAAAUAAAGAAAGAAAUAUCAAUUAUCAAAAUAACAUGUAGAUCGAAUUCUACUGGGAAGCAAUUUGAUUUGGCCUAACGUGUACCCGAGAUGUUUCCUUUUUCUAUACUUUUGAUGCGCGCCCACCAUCGGGCGGAAUUAGGGCGGGUCUAGGCGGAAUUAGGCAAGGAAAAUGCCUCACGCAGACGGCGCGCUACGGACAAUCGCUUAUGAUUUCGGGCGUAAGAAUGGCAUAGCUAGAUUUGCUAGAAUUUUGGCAACAAAUUGGUAUACAUUAGCGCCUGUAUAAUUCAUUUUCAGAGAAGUUAUCUGAGAAAAACUGCCCAUCGGGCGGAAACCGGGCAGGGUACGGUACUUGUACUUGUAUUUGCGCUUGCAGUCUACAGUAGAACAUUUUUCCUUCACUGAUAGCUCCGCUUUUCCACCCGCUUUUCCCCGUUUGUCGCUGAGUUACGCAGAUUACAGAAAGAAUGCAGUUGAAACUUCACUCGGCAAAAGCCUGACAUGAUGCGGUCAUGAAUAUCCUCGUUGACAGUUUAUGACACUUCCCUGUUGGAAAAGGAAGAGAAGAAGAAGUAGAAAUAUUGGUGCUAAUAUACCAGUCUUGGACUUUGGACUCUACAGUCUUGGCCAAUUAGACUGAAAGUGGUUCAUGAAAUACAAUGUAGGCCUACACACAGUUGGAGUGUACUCAAGAAAUCUGUGAUUAAAAGUGAAAGAAAGGAGCUUUGACACUAGGUGCCCUUGCUUGAAGCUGAUUCGGUCAAAUCAUGGAUGAAAUCUAAGGGCUUGAACACCACUGCCGAGCUACACAUUUCUCUAAUCUGACUCACCUUUGUACAAGGGACCCGUUACCAUGACAGCAGACGACAGCACCGAUGUUGGUGACACCACCAACGCUCUACGCAAAACUCCAUCUCGGGAACUCGAUUUUGAAUUCACGCCACAAAGUCAAAAUGCGGGCAACGGCCAGCCCCGAGAAAGCAUCCAGAGCGACGUCUUGAACCACCAAGAGCCAGAGGAGCCCCCCACCUGUGGAUUCUGCGUUCGCGGGGGGCGCUUCACCAACUUCGACGCCCUCUUCAUCUUAGGUGGCAUGAUCAUGUACAUCGCAGAUCUCGUGACUGAUCUCGUCGUCGGGGUGCAGUACUUCCGAGCUGGCUACACGCUGUGGGCCAUCAUGACGUUCAUCUUCGUUCUGCUGCCCUCGCUUGUCCUGCAGUACUUCAGCUUUCGAUGGUUUGUGUCGGAUCUAGACGAGGACGCUGAGCACAAGAAGAAGGGAUGGUGUGCAAAGCUCUGGUCCUGGUGUCAGUGGCUGUUUGCCCAUGUUUUACAGCUUGGAGCGAUCAAAAGGUACUGGCGCACCCUCAAAUUUGGCCUGCGGAGUCGCAAGAACCAAGAAUACUACCCCUUGAUGAUCUAUGAGUACCGUGACAUCACCAUGUUACGUCUUCUAGAAGCAUUUAUGGAAUCGGCUCCUCAGCUCGUCCUGCAAGUCUACAUCAUGGUAGAGAGCGAGGAACUCUACUGGCUUACUGCUGCUUCAGCCAUCGUGUCAUUAAGCUCCCUUGGAUGGGCUCUUGAAGCCUAUCACAAGGCUCUACGAGACUCUAGAGGCGACAAAAAAAAGAUCACGUACUACGGUGUGGUACUGCGCAUCUUUUGGCGUCUAUUCACCAUCACUGCCCGCGUCAUCGCGUUGGCACUGUUCGCAGCAAUCUACGAGUGGUGGGUCUUCGUGGUGGCUGGUGCUCAUUGGCUCAUGAUGACCCUGUGGUUGGUAUGGCAACAAACGGACUUCUGCGAGACGAAGUUUGAGGAAGUCCUUUUUGAUGCCGUCAUGGGCAUCAUUCACAUCUUCUGCUUCUUUAACAUGAAAGAAGGUCGGACGAGAUUCCGAGCGCUUGUUUUUUACACCGUCAUAUUUAUUGAGAACACCAUCAUGUUUGGGUUGUGGUAUCACAAACAAGAAUCCCGGGAGAAGAUGUAUGGAUUACCCGCUCUUGUUUUUGUGUGGGGUGGGUUCUUCAUGGGCAUCUUUCUCAUGGCAUUUUACUAUCGCUUCUGCCAUCCUACGGGUAAGCUACCUUUCUGCUUUUGUGGAAUCGAUGACGAAGAGGAAGUACAGCAGUCGAGGGAAGACACCAUGUCAAACAACGCUGUGGCACUGAGGAGCUUGUCGCAUCGAGGACAUGAGGAGACCGCAGUAGAUGGAGGAGAUGAAGUCGAUGGUGGAGUGUAUGUCAACAAUGUUGACAGCAAACUCAGUGCAAAGAGCAGGAAAAUGUCGGAACGCGAUAGAUACUAUGCCAAUCUCUUCUCCUAUAAAUGGCGACGUCAUAUACAUCCUGAGCUUCUACCAAGCCCAAAACAACAAAAAUAUGUGGAUGGUAUAGUGACAGCAGUCCCUACAUCCCCAAUGCGACCAGAAAUGAUAGAUACCCAGGCAGUGUUCAGAUUAGAUGCAACUGAAGUAUCUACACAACCGCAUGCGAAAGUCGCUUUGUGAUUUUUGUUAUGAUUCCGUUCCAUACAUCAGCUUGAAUGGGUAAUGUACAUGUAUCGUAAAAUGUACAUGUUCACGUACAAGUGUCCUGAAAUCGUCUCCCUUGUGUCCAAAAUGCAUUUUAUUACGCAGAAAUGCACAUCGAUUCCCUGUCAGCUGUUUCUUUUUGUAAUGUACAUAUCAUAAUGUUUUCCUGUAGUAGGAAUUACAUGUUGUUGUUGUUGUUUGUUGUUGUUGUUGUAGAUUUUUUUUUUUUUUUGGGGGGGGGGGGAGGGGGGAUUGGAAGGUUACAGACCAAAACACCAAAGUCAAGCUUUAAUUGUUUAUUUGGGGGCUCUCAUUACCAAAUUCUCUUUUUGCGAGUACCCUUUCUGUGUUAUUAAUAAUUUUGUUAUUUCUGUUCUAUUUAGCAGGUUUGUUUCUAUUUUCAAUCAUCUCGUUUAUAUCUAUUGAGCAACUACUGUACAUGUAUAUUCUACCAUGUUGCUUUAAGAAUUGCACAUUUUCGUUAUUUGUAUGCCAACAAAAGUUUGUUUUCAAACUCUUGAUUCCUUUGUCAACAUUUUUAAGUUUCUGUUUGCAUAUGUACAUGUACAUGUAUUUACUCUUGACUUCUGUUUAUUAUCAUUAAGCAAAUUCAGUAUGUCAUUAGCUUUUAAUUGCUUUUUUCAACAUAGUAAAUGCCCAAGUAUAAAGUAAGAACUGUACUUGCAAAAUACUCUUACUUACUUUAUCCCCUCCUGAUAUCAUUCAACCUAUCAAAUAGAAGGCUAUUACAUUAAUAUAAAGUUAACUGUGCAUUUAUAAGUCAAAUCUGAAGGGACUGUAAAAAAAGUUGGAUAUUUUGACUUAUUAAUGCGAAAAUCGACUUACAUGUAGGAUGGGUAAAUAACAUGUUUUGCAUACCGGUACUGUAGUUUGGUGAAAUAAAUUUAUUUGACUCCGGGAAAAAUUCAACUUGUGUGACUUCAAAUUAUGCAGACUUGUAGAGUGAUCUUUAACUUAAUUGAUGCCAUUUUUAUUGCUUGCAAUCUCACUAAAAUUGAAUUUGAAGUCCAAUAAUAUUUGAUGGCAGAGGUGUCAUAUUUUAUGUUCACAAAUUUAUAAUUUUUUAAGGUACUCCUUGAUGUCAUUUAACAGUAUUGUUGAGAAGUGAAUUUUUUCAUUUGUAUGUGAGAACACGGUUCUAUUUUAGUUAAUCAAUAAUUUCUGCUGUCAACAUAAUACUGAAUCAUGACAUGUUUGCUUUGGCUCAUCAUCAGAUUCUAUUUUAGAAGACAAACAUUUGCUUAAGAGUGAUCUUGUACUUUAAUUGAAUUGAACUUUACUUAAAUCUUCUCAUUUAAGUAUUAUUGUUUAUUCUGUUGGGUGAAUGUGGGUAAUCAUUCUCAUAAAAUACAGUAUUUUAUACACAGUAAAUUUCCAAUCACAUGGUUUAGUAAUUAGUAUGAAAUCAUAUACAAAAAAAAAAAAAAAAAAAAAAAAAAAAAUCGAAUUAUAUUUAUCAUCUGCUUGUUUAGUGUUAUUUUAUACUAGUGUGAUAUUUAACUAUGUUAGCAAUGUAAUCAUUUGUUAUAUGUGUGCUGCUAUAAUGUAUUUCACUGUUCAGCUGAUAUUUACUUUUUCUUUAUACCAAUUAUCUUAUAUUCUAUUUUGAUUACAUGUAGUUAAUUAAAAACAAAAUUCUUUUAAAGUAAAUAUGUUGUUGAACAUGCUGUAGCAGAGAAGUACACUCUUUUGACAUGUAGAGGGUGACCCUCAAUUACUCACAUAUUGUUUAGCAUUUACGGUUGUAAAAUACUUUAUACUCUAUUGACAGAGCCCAUUGGCCUUUCAAAGCACAUUGUAUGCUUUAUGUAGGGAAACACCUCUAAUGGUUCAUGAAGGACAUGUACUUAUGCAUGUACAGUAUUACACACAUAAUACACCUGGUGUAACAAUGCAAGUUUCAUUUGAGAAAAUAAUGAAACAAGUGGAUAUUUCUUGUUAUGUAUUUAGAUUUCUUAGAAGUGUAAGUAUAUUUAAAAAUAGUUACAUUUACAGAGUUAUGUGUAUACUGUACAUGUAUAGUCAAAUUCUGUAUAGAGGCUUACCCUACUUGUGUGUAUCAUUUUUAUAUGUGUUGGUGCUUUUUGUUUGUUGCUCAUUUCCGAUCCUGUCAGAUAGAUUUAUCAUCCAGCUGAUCUCUUAGCAAACUUGAAAUAUUUCAAGCACUUUACAUUACUAUCAUGUCAAUGGGAUUCAUGACUGUACGUAACGUGUGCACCAUCUUCUCUGUCCACUCGUGUUCAUUCAUGUAGUCUUCUGACCAAGUAUAACGUCUUCCUUAAUCCUUUGACAUAAAUGUACAUGUUUAUGUAAUAGUCUCUUGCCAGGUAAUGGAGUGUCGAAUAUGAAUGAAAGCCUUGCUGAAGGACAUUUAGACUUGCUGGUUUUUAAAGCCCAUCUGCACUUGUCUGGCCAGGAGGGAUAUUAGACAUCCUACAGGGUCACUGGCAGGUGGUUAUCUCAUCUAAUCAGCUCUCAAUUAACGUAAGAAAAAGGGGACCAUGGUCACCAAUUAUGCAUUGUUUGCUAUAUAGAGGCCUCAAGUACAUGUAGCUUUAAUUAGUGCAGUGGGGCUUUAAGAUAAGGUGCAGUUCUGGUCAAGUGAUUCCAUUGUGAAUGCAACUAUCUGGAAGCAACUUGGAAAGGCUGAUUACGGGGUACAUAAGAAUCAAUGUACUGUGAGACUGUGAGGUUUAGGAUCCUCAACAUAAUAAAAUAUUAACUAUAUUUUGUUGAAGUCAUGUGCACUGCACACAGAAAUAUGUAUGUAUGGUCAUGUGCACUGCACACAUAAAUAUGUAUGUAUGGUCAUGUGCACUGCACACAGAAAUAUGUAUGUAUGGUCAUGUGCACUGCACACAGAAAUAUGUAUGUAUGGUAUUUGCACAUGUGGCCAGAAAGCUUCUUCCAAACCUUUUGUUUCUUCGUUUUACCUGAUUGCUGAGAAAGCAUGUGUAUGCUUGUAAGUAAGCAACCAGGGGACCAACGGCUUUGAGUCCUCUCCGAGGGACUUUGUAAUGAGGAUCAAUGCCUUACCAACUAUUUAUCAACAGAUUUCAAAUAUGAAGGCAUUCGAAAAGCUAUCCUUUUCAAGUGAUAUUCUUCCUAUAUAUUUUUUUUACCUUCACCACAAUUCGACCUUCUCUUGACCAUUUGUUCUAUUGAUGCACUGCAUGCAGUCUGGUUAUAUAAUAUGUGUAUUGAUGUAUUUAUAAGCAGUGUGAGAAAGUAUCAGAAUUGUUUAUCUGUUAAUUAUAUAUACAUGAACUUGUGGAUUAUUUCUGAUUGAA